UUUUCGCAAAGGGGACGAGGACGUCUGCUCACCAGGUCGGUUCAACGCUUCAGCAAUUUUUAUUAUUAUUUCAUUUUUAACGCCCGUGCGGAUCCGGCGGCCAUGUUUCGGAGCCUGCUGUUCGCAGUCCUGUGGGGAUUAACGGAGGCCGACGUCAGCCCUGCCCUGAACGGACACUGGGAGCUGUGGAAGCGGGCCCACAAUAAAGUUUACUCCCACCAGGUGGAAGAGUCCGGUCGCAGGCAGAUCUGGGAAAAGAACUUGCAGAUGAUCAACUUCCACAACCUGGAGACCACGUUGGGCCUGCACACCUACGAGCUGGCCAUGAACCACCUGGGGGACCUGACCGGCGAGGAAGUGAGCGGCCUGAUGACCGGCACCGUGGUGCCCUCGGACCUGGAUCGGAUCCAGUUGAACUUCAACUGGGAGCCGAGCGCCCCGCGGUCUCUGGAUUGGCGGGAGAGCGGCCUGGUGACCGAGGUCAAAAUUCAGGGUUCUUGCGGCUCCUGCUGGGCCUUCAGCGCCGUGGGGGCUCUGGAGGGCCAGCUGAAGAAGAGAACCGGCGAGCUGACGUCUCUGAGCCCCCAGAACCUGGUGGACUGCUCUCUGGACUUCGGCAACCACGGCUGUCACGGCGGCUUCAUGACCAACGCCUUCCGCUACGUCGUCAAGAACGGCGGCAUCGAUUCGGACCAGGCCUACCCUUACAAGGCCAAGCGCGGCGAAUGCGCGUACAAGCCUCAGGACCGCGCCGCCAACUGCUCCGGUUACUCGUUCGUCCCCAAGGGGGACGAGGACGCCCUCAAGCUCGCCCUUGCCAACGUGGGCCCCAUCUCGGUGGCCAUCGACGCGUCGCGCCCCAAAUUCCACUUUUACCACCACGGAGUGUACGAGGACCUGGCGUGUACCCAGAAAGUCAACCACGGGGUGCUGGCCGUGGGCUACGGCACGGAAGGAGGAAGCGACUACUGGCUGAUCAAGAACAGCUGGGGGGUAAAAUUCGGUGACCGAGGUUACAUCAAGAUGGCCCGCAACAGACGCAACCAGUGCGGCGUCGCCCUCCACGCCUGCUUCCCGGUUAUGUAAAUAAGCUUUUUGUCUUUAAUAGUGUUUUUGAAUUAUAUUUACUGU